AUGACCUACGGUCUGACAACCUACCGCUUGACGACCUACGGCCUGACCAUCUACUGCCUGAUGAUCUACGGUCUAGCGACCUACGGCCUAGCGACCUACGGCCUAGCGACCUACGGCCUAGCGACCUACGGCCUAGCGACCUACGGCCUAGCCACCUACGGCCUAGCGACCUACGGCCUAGCGACCUACGGCCUAGCGACCUACGGCCUAGCGACCUACGGCCUAGCGACCUACCGCUUGACGACCUACGGACUGACGACCUACGGCCUGGUGACCUAUGGCCUGGUGACCUAUGGCCUGGUGACCUACGGCCUGACGACCUACGCGACCUACGGCCUAGCGACCCAUGGCGUCAUGAUCUACGGCCUGACGACCUACGGGCUGAUGACCUACGGCUUGAUGACCUACGGCCUGACGACCUACGGGCUGAUGACCUACGGCUUGAUGACCUACGGUCUGACAACCUACCGCUUGACGACCUACGGCCUGACCAUCUACUGCCUGAUGAUCUACGGCCUUACUAUCUAUAGUCUUCCGAUCUACCUGUGGUCUUUAAACCCAUGGCGUCAUGAUCUACAGCCUGACCAUCUACGGCCUGUCGAUCUACGGCCUGACGACCUACGCCUGACGACCUACGGCCUGACCAUCUACUGCCUGACGAUCUACGGUCUAGCGAUCUUCGACCUGACUAUCUUCGACCUGACGACCUACAGCCCCUGA